CACAUACACAGAGCACAGGCAGUUGAUGGGGGGAAGCUUUUUAUUUUUAUUUUUAAAGGGACAGAGCCAAAUUGCGAGCGAGCCACAAACGGAUUUUUGUCUUCAUCCUGGAGCUGUGAGGAACUUCAGGAGGAACCGGGAGGAUGUGUGUGUGUGUAAGAGAGGGAGAGAGGGAGAAAUCGCUGUUUGGGAGAAUAAAACACCUUUAAUCAGGGAGGAAUUUAAAAAAAAAGAGAGAGAAGGAAAGAAGAAGAAGCCUCUGGUCAAUUCUCUUCUCCUCUCAGCUGCACUAGCGUUAGCGCGUUAGCUUUAGCGCUUUUUAGCCUUAGCAUUAGCGCAUUAACAUUAGCACUAGCAUUAGCGCCCUGUCUUGGUUUUUGAGACAUUUCUCUGGUUCCUGGUGGCUCAAACCGGACUCAGAGACCGAGUGGGUUCGGUUCGGUCCGGUCGGGAUUGUGUUAUGCAGCUCUCCGUGGUGUGUGUCAGCGACCGGAGCGCUAUACGUAAUCAUGAAAACCAUACCGGCUCUGACGUCGUGGCCAAGUGUGUGAUGGGAUUUUUCAGUUUGAACUGAUCAGCCUAAAAGAAAAUGAGAAUCAUCCACUUCUCCAAGGAGCAAUCUUGUGACCCGGAGAGUCCCCUCUUCUUAUUGCGCUGAAUGUGCGUGCUGCACGGCGGCUUGCAGCGCGCUUGCCCCCACCCCCCUAUAAUCAUGCGUUUUAUACUCUAAGGUGCUUUUUUUCGUGUUUUGCAUAUGUAGCCCGUGGACUCUAUCACAACUCUCAUGGCUCUGAUUGGUCAGAGACCGCUAUGGGAAUCCCCAUCUGCAUUUAGUAGCAGCGCGAUGAGGCUCAUCAGAGGCCCGGUCCCGCUGUGAGCCUUGCCUCGUGUGCACAGAGUCCCGGACACAUUUCGCCACAGCCAACUUCUUUAGAGGAAAGUUGUAGCGCUCCGUCCUCCUGUUUCCGAGAGACACGAUGACAAGUAGUGUUGGGACAUUAAAGAACGUGUGAUCUCUCCAGCGGAGUCAAGCGCAAACCCAGAAAAAUGAAUGGAGGAAAGGAGAGUGAGAGAGGGGAGGUGGAGGGGCAGUCUGCGCCUACCCAGGUGCCUAUCGGCUGGCAGCGCAAGUUGGAGUCCGCUGGGGUCAUUUAUAUCAGUCCCAGUGGAUCAGUGCUGUCCAGCCUUGAACAGGUGAAGUCCUACCUACUCACGGAUGGCACCUGUAAGUGUGGCCUGGAGUGUCCACUCAUCCUCCCCAAGGUGUUUAAUUUCGAUCCUGGGGCCGCUGUCAAGCAGAGGACUGCAGAGGAUGUGAAGGCUGAUGAAGAUGUCACAAAGCUUUGCAUCCACAAGAGAAAGCUCAUAGCUGUAGCCACUCUGCACAAAAGUAUGGAGUUGCCGCACCCCUCCCUAACGCUGACCGGUCCCAGUGGAGGCACAAGUGCUGUGACAUCCAUGGCCCCUACCAUCCAGCGGUCUGCAACCCCUCAAGCAAUAAGGAAUAAGUCCCACGAUGGGCUGUCAAACUCAACACUACCUGACUGUAAGAACCCUUUCAAGAUGAUGAUGGCAGCUGGUCAGCGACACUACUCUACAGACAUGAGCAGUGCUCAACAGCCGGAGCAUUACUCCGGGUACCCCCGACAAAGAUUGGGCAGUAAUGAGCCAGGGCCCAAAUCCCCCUACCGCAGUGGACCUGGAGGCAUGUUGAGCCCUUCGUCAGGUUUGCAGGCAUACGGGGAUGGCUCUCUGUCCCCUAGAACAGACUCUUUGGGUAGUCCGGACGGAUUUGCACGAAGCAAUCCCUGUGGCUUUCAGGGGGCUGGCAGUCCCAGCCCAAUUCAUGGCAACAGUAGGACACCCAUGUCCCCUCCUGGUGUCAUGGUCCAUGGUUCACCUGCUACCCAGUUAUCCUGUGCCAUGGCUGGAAGGACUAACACACCUCUCUCUCCCCCAGUCCCUAAUAAAAGCCCUAUUAUGAAAAAGCCACACUGUAAUGUCAGCUAUCCACCUAGCAUUGACAUGACCAGAGCAGUAUUUCACCACAAGGCCCAGUCUGCACCUCACCCCGGGCCUCCCCCUGUUAUGCCCCCAACAUGUGCAGUCCAGAAAAAACAGAUGACUUCGGAAAAAGAUCCUCUGGGAAUUCUGGACCCUAUUCCCAGCAAACAUGUUAUUCAAAGUCCCAUGACAAAUUCAAACCCAUCCAACUUCCAGGCCAAUGCUCACUCUCAGGUACCAAUGAUGAAUGUAAACAUCCCUCCUGCCAUUGUCCCGUUGCCAAGUAACCUUCCAUUACCAACAGUGAAGCCAGGGCCCGUUGGCCAUGGUGGACACAUGCAGAGGACUCAGCAUGGAGCAGCCACCUCCAUCUCCCCCUCACCAGUAACGUCCCCUGUGCACAUGUCUGGGCCCGCGAUGGGCCGCAUGGAAGCAUCUCCGCAGAGAUCCCGCUCCUCUUCCACCUCGUCCGAGCAUGGGAACUUUGCCAUGCCCUCAGGGCCUCAGGCCCCAUGUGGCAGCAUCAAGGUUCCACCACGCUCACCACGAUCCUCGAUGGGUUCGCCCAGACCCACCAUGCCUUCCAGCCCCUCUUCCAAGCCUGACGCACUCCAUCAGUACAAAGACCCCAACCAAGUUCUGUCAGGAAUGGGUAACGCGAUAAGCAGUCAACACAACUCCAUGUUUCCCCCAGCCUCAGGCACUAGCGCCCCCCAGAAAAACCACCCUGGACUAUUGGGCAUGCCCCUCAACCAAAUCCUCAACCAGCACAACUCUGCAUCUUUCCCUGCCAGUAGUCUACUCUCAGCAGCAGCCAAAGCACAGCUAGCAAAUCAAAACAAACUUGGUGGUAGUAGUGGUGGGAUAGGUGGCAGUGGUGCUGGUAUGAGUGUUGGCCAAGGAAUGGGUGCAGUCACUGGCGGCAUGGGCAGCGGAUGUGCUAGUCAUACGAGUGGUGGUAAUAAUGGAAAUGGUGGCAAUGGGAUGCCCUGCUCUCUUGGCGGUGGAAAUAAUGGAAGCAGGGUUGUUGAAGGUCCCAACACUUUAAAUCCUAUGUUACCACCCACCUCAACCAUUCUAAUGUCCAUGCCUGAGGGGCAAAGUGGACGUGCAGCUCUGCGAGACAAGCUUAUGGCACAGCAGCGUGACCCUCUCCGCAAGCGUAAGCAACCUCCAAACGCUGGCAGUCAUGACAACAUGGUCUUCAACGUGAUGAAACCAGACAUGAGUGGGCCCAGGCCAACUUGCCCUCCUCCAGAGCAAAUGAGGAAAAUGCCCCGGCUUGGCGGUAUACCUCCUAACACCUCCAUGGCCCAGCUACUCCAGUCGAUGGGUAACCAGAGCUCCCACAUGGCCAGGGGUAGUCGGCCAUUACCUGUCGUUGGCCCCAGUCAGAUGCACUUUGGAGAGGGUGUUAUGACCCCUGAUAUGGCUCAACAGAGCAUGCAGUUACAACAACGACUUCACGGUCAGUCAGACCGGAUGCACUGUCCCAGCAUGGAGCCUGGUGCACAAGGCCCUCAGACUCCGUUUCCGGGGAUGAUGAACCAGAUGCAAGCCACAGUUAUGGGAAAUUGUGGCCCGCUUGGCCAAACUGGACAGGUUCCUCUAGGACAUCCUCCUAUGGGACACCCAAGUGCUCACCCACAGCAGCUGUCUCAUGUACAUCAACAACAACAAGGCAUUCCUCAUGGACACAUCCGCCCAAACAUGUCCUGUAUAAUAUCCAAUAGCAAUGAUGCUAGUUGCGCCCAAGCCAUGUCCGACACAGGUAAUGCUUCAUCUCUGAACUGCAGUAUAGGGAAUCCUCAGAUGGGCAGCAUUAUAAGCAGCACAGGGCACAUGUACCAGCAGCACCAGCUGCACCCAGCACUCCAGAGCAUGCAUGGCGUCUCCCCAUACCAGACCCAGGGGCACCCUUAUUCAGAAACACCGUUUCCUGAGAACAGCACCUCCAACAACAUGGGCUGUAUGUACCAGGACUACCAGAGAUGCAUGCCAGACGGGACCCCCAUCUCCCACAACCAGAUGAGCUCGCAACCUGGUGUGACAUCUCUUCCUGCCGAGGCAGGAAUGUUCCAGGAAGGUCAGCAAGAGCUCCAGGUGCAGAACGAGGUCAGGUUGGGAGCAGGCGCCGGAGGACAGGGCUCGGAGCAGUUGCCGGGUGUGGAGGCGGUGGACGCACUGUACCGGACAGCAGUGGACAAAGCCAGUAAAGGCAUGCAAGCGGGCAUCGCCACGACAACGGUGGGCAGCAGCGGAACCCAGGGCAGCCCCGUGCCCGCACUCAGAGCCAUGACCGCCUUCACCGCGUCCAUCGGAGAGCCACAUGGCCUGCCGCACGCCGUCAACGCAGUCAUCCACGGGCCACGUGGGCACGAAGGCACAGACGUGCUUGUCCAGCAGUGCACCAGGCCUCAGCCCCCUCCCCGAAACAACCGCGCGCGCCGGAGCUCCGAGCAUGGCAAGCGCACGCCCGACAGCACGGACGCACAUGACUACUUCCGCUCGCCCAGGAAGCAGUGGGAGGAGCCUGGCCACGCCCACUGGAGAGGGGAGGAGUUUCUGGAAUGUUCAGCACAGGUGCGCAGCAGCCCAUGCAACGACGGCGGCGGCGAGCAGAGAACGGCAAGCGGCACAGAUCUGAACCUGCAGUGUCACGACUCGUCCGAGCCGACUGGUGACGGAAAUCCCGGGAAUUUCCGGUACAACUCGCUCCCCCUCCACAUCAACUUCAAAGAGCGGCUGCACCCGCUCCCCCUCCACGUCAACUUCAAAGAGCGGCUGGAGCAGACGGUGGAGCAGUGCGCCCACAUAAACGGCGGUCCGCCUCUUUGCGUACGGGGCAGCUAUAACGAACCGCUGACGGGCGACGACCAGUCCCCCAGCUCCUCCACCAGCCUGGAGGGACCGCUGCUGAAGGACUACGCCCACUUCAACGGGCACUUUAACGGGCACUGUGCACCCAGCCCCUCGGACACCAAGAGCCUGAGCAGCGAGGAGGAGCUACGCCACCCGGACUCGCCCUCUGCCGAGCUUCUGCACUACCGGCCGAGAGGCUUAAACGUUGGUGAACUCGUCGGUGAAACAUUGGUGAACUCGAUGGGGGUCAAGCAUCUCGUCUGGCCAAUUAAGGGUUUUCCUGCCUGGCCAAACAAACUAGUAGGGGAGGAGCACAGCCACAAUCCCAGCAUGCAACUGUCCGAUCAGGCCAAGGUGGAGCCCGAGAAGCUGAAAACACUAACGCAGGACCUGGAGGCACGUGACAGAGCUGCCAAGAGGAACAGAAAAGCUGGGAAAUUGAAUAAUCCUUUAGAAGCUGCUAUCCAGGAAGCCAUGAGUGAGCUGGACAAGAUGUCAGGCACUGUUCAUCCAAUGUCCUCAAGAGAUCGAGAACGGCAGAUGAAACUGCCCAAACCCAAAAGGAGGAAGAUCUCCAGAUAACAGAGAGAGAGGGAAGUGACCAGAACGGGAUCCAGCCUCACAGAAUCUAAACACACACUGGUGUUCUUUCUCCCUCUCUCUCUCGCUCUCUCUCUCUCUCUCUUUCUCUGUGUGUGUUAAACUCAGACCUGGUGCUAUGUCCUAGCAGAUGGCUCGUCAAGGCCCCGCCCUCACAAAGUGACUGACAGGUGCUGGAUAAAGCCAAUCAGAAAUGGUGGCGAUUUGACUACAACUCACUGAAGAACUAUUUUUUUCUAGAAUACAAAGAAAAUAUGGGAAAAAAAGAAGAAAAAAAAAUACUGCAUUUAAGAGAAUAGACAGUCCAAAUAUUUCUGAUACAUUUUCAAUGUGUAUAUAGACAAUACAGAAAUUUCAUGGUGAAAUCUUGCGAAGAAAUGUAAAUAUUGUACGAUAAUGCCAUGUACAAGCAGACGAUGCAUACUUUAUCUUCAGUUGUACAAAAAAAACAAGAAAAAAAAGGAAUCAAAGCAGAAAAAAAAAAGUCUACCAACGUGUGCUGGUUUCUAUUCAGUUCUCGGCCCAUACGGCCACGUGUGAAUAGGACGAAAUAGAGUCAGUCGGACGAUUUUAUGUGCUUCUUUUGGAGUGUGUGUGUACGUGUGUGUGUGUGUGUGUGUGUGGCUAUAACUGACAGGAAUGGAGAUAACCUUAAACAAUGUCAUACACUCAGAGCGGGAGUAACAGAAUGGCUGUUCACAGCUGCGUGUGUAUGUGUGUGUGUGCGUGUGUGUUUAAGCGAGUGGACUUCACCAGCUGAACAGGACGUCCUCAGGUUGCAGGACGGACUAAAGUGUUUGGACCCCUGUAGUUUGCUCCUGUUUGACUAAACACUACUUCGUCGUCAUGGCCGUAUUUGUCGUUUAUCUCUUUAUUAUUAUUAUUUUUUUUUUUGAAAAUAUUCGUACCACAGACGAUCGAUCGAUGGAUCGAUCAAAACCAAAAAAAAAAUUAAUACAUGAAUGAUGAACCUCCAGAAUGCUUUGAGGAAAAAAAAUUAUUACAUGACGUGUACAAAUGUGGGGUAGGUUUGCAAUUAAGGGGCCUUAUUUUAUUUUCCUUUCAUUAUUUUCUUUAUUAUAAAUUAUUUUUGUACAGUAUUCUGUAUUUAUUUUAGCUGUUCGAUUGUUCUUGGCAAUAAUGCAAACCCUGAGCGAGCGCUCUGUUAAAGCCUUACACGUGUAUGUAUAAAGUUUAUAUCUCUAUGUAUCACUCUAAAGAGUUACAGCCUUCAUAGUAUUCAGUAUUAUUCCUCUAAGAGAUAAUUAUAUAUUUUAUUUGUGUUUUUUUUUUUUUUUUUGCCCCGUGCAGUGUCGUAGCUGUUUGUAUAUCGGUGUUACUGUUACCUUUAUUUUUUGUUUGUUUGUUUGUUUUUAUUCCCUUCCUAUGUUGCAACAGUGUGUUAGGGACGGUUCGACUGAGUGAGAGCCGAGAUCUCGUCAGAUUUUACUUCUUUUUGGGAAGACAGCUGCGCGGCGAUUUUUAUUGGUAACGCAGUGUUAUUGUUGAUCUGUGUAAUAUCAGGUUUGACCACUAGAGGUCAGUGAGGAAGUGAUAACAGGAUAGAAAGAGUGCUGUAACACUACAGUCUACAGUUAUCUGAAACACUAAUGAGGCCACUAACGCGCCCGUGUUCCUCAUGACUCCGACAGCCGUCCUGGUGUCAAAAGCGAUGAUGUUACUCUUUCAGAAAGAAAUCAGCAGCAUCUAUGGGGAUUAUGUAUGCGGAAGAGGGCGAAUAGCACUUUUCUUCCUGGAGCAUUCAAAAUGAUGUGCAAGUCUUGGAAGGAAGGAUGUGUUAGUCUUCACCCUUUCUGUUUGGUAGCCAAGACCAUAAUAAUAAUAAUAAUAAUAAUAAUAAUAGUCACUUUUUAAAAGUGAAUCAGUCAGUUCAAGGAAGCAUGUUUUGGGGGUGUGGCUUCAGUAAGAUGUAACUGUCCUUUUAAGACUAUACUCGUGUGGGAGGUUAAAAACAAAGAAUCAUGCGAAAUUUUUUUAUAUUUAACUCGAUCAUCUUGCUUGGUGGAACAGAGACAGGUCAGAUUAUGAUGUACCGAUAUCGUCUAGAGAAGCGUUUUAGUAUUUGUUGUUUUUAGUUUUGUUACACACCCAGAGUGUUUUUCACAUCCGGAAAUUUUUUUUUUUUUUUUUUAAUUUCUGCCGUUAUUAUUCCGUCUUUAUAGGAAAUACAGUACACUACUAAGAGUUCUGAGUGCAAUAUAACAGAAUAUGGAUCGUAAAGCAGCCAUGUUGUGUCAUCUGAAUGUCCUGUAGGUUUUUGUUUGUUUUUGUUUUUAUCAACGUUCUCCUUAAAGUUAACUCUAAGAUGCUUUACAACUCGUUUAUUUUAUUACAUUUUUUCUCCCCUCUGUCGCUGAAAAUCCUGCGCCGCGCGAGUCCUGAGGUUCUGGUGAAGUCCACUCCGAGCACAGAACACCGCCGUCUGUUCCUUUCACUCAGUGUCUCAAGGUCAAAAACCAGUUUUGUGUUCAGAUCCUCAGUGUUGUCCAUGGCUUUUUCUUCUUAUCCAUGUUUCCUAACUUUUUUUCUUUUGUUUUCUCGUCUUACUUUGCGUGCUCUUUAUCUUGACUGGUAUGACCAACCUUUACGUUGUCAGUAUCCGAGGGUUGUUUUUUUUCUUUCCCUCUUAAACCAACAUGUAACUAAGUAUAUAUUUUCUCAUUGAUAUAUACUUUACAGCCGUUGACUUGGCAAAGUAUGUUGUGCACUUGAUUUUAUUCAUUUCAGCUAGCUAGGAAUAGUUUGUUGAAGUCCAUCAUUUCUUAUUGCUUGUUUUUUUUUUCAUGUUUUUUGUUUGCUUCUGUUUGUUUGUUUUUUAGAUUUUUAUGGGUUGUCCUGAACAGCAGUUUUGUAAAUAUUGUGAACAUUACAGGUCAUACUGUGAUGUAACAUUGAAAUAAUGUUGCACCGAUGUUUCAAUUAAAAACUGAUCACUCAUACUUGAAA